AUGGUCACUGAACGCUUCCCCGCUGACCUCUUCUGCCGUUCUAUUGUGCGUUUCCUUGAUGCCAUCGACUACCACGAUGACAACUUGACUCGUGACGAACGCGUCCAAGGUCUCCGCCAUGUCCACUCGAAGACAGCUGAGUAUUUCGCUCAGCCGCUUCCCAAGGCCAUCUUAAGAUCAGUGAGCCCGGUGCGGAUAGCCGCCGUCACCCGGACGAUCUCACAUUUCGUUGUCUAUUGCUGGUCCAAAGUGCCUCGGGACGUGCAAGUUGACAUCAGCAUCUACCUGUCCAUUAUCAACGUGCUCGAUGACGAGAUCAACUCGGACCCCAGCACGCAGAUGGCGUCGUUCUGGACAGACCUCAUCCAGGGCAAGAGACAGACGCAUCCAUUCUGGGUGCUGAUGAACGCGCAUCUGCCGCAACUGUUGACCAACUACGGCAGCUUCUGUGCCUUCAACAUCAUGCGCUGCACCUUUGAUUACUUCGAGGGCUGUUGGAUCGAACAGCACAACUUCCAAGGCUACCCGGGGUCCGACUGCUUCCCUAUGUUCCUGCGAAGGCUGAAUUGCCUCGGGGGCGCCGUGGCGGGGACCAUCUUUCCGGCCUGUGAUUUCGAUGACCGGAAGCACCUGAAAGAGAUCGCGUGCGUGAUGUCACAAAUGGACGGACCGGUCGCCCUCAUCAAUGACCUGUUCUCCUUUUACAAAGAAUUCGACCAGGACGAGGCCAAUCUCGUGUCCUCCUGGUGCGUAGUGGACGGGAUCACGAUGGACGAGGCCUUGGAACGUCUGACGGAUCAGACCACCAACGCCUGUGUGCGAAUUCUACAGCUUUUCAAAGACAGGCAUCCCAAGAUCCUGGCCACGCUUCGAGGCUUCAUCCACGGCUACGUGACUUGGCAUUUCUGUGACCUGCGGUACCGACUGCGGGAGCUAUAUGAACGUGGAGACACGAGCGAGGCGAGUGCACGAUUUCGGCGCUAUUUUGAUACGGCGCUAAGUGUGGGAUGGGUGGAGAUUGAAGAAUGGACCUGCCCUGUCGAAGGGUUUGAGGUGGAGGGGCCCGGCCCGCGAAACGGAACGGAGGUCCAGGCGUAUCAGUAUAACGCGUUUCGACUAGACGGCGCUGUGAUCAACGGGUCGGAGACGUACGCGACCGGUCUGGAUUGUGAGGCGAUGGGAACAGCACCGAAGAGCAUCGCUGGUACGGAAGUUGCUUACUAG